GUGAAUAUUAGUGCGUAAAAAUGAUCAAAUUAUCAACAAUUCUUAUUUUAAUUGCUAACGCAUAUGUUAUUGAAAAUAUCACCCUACAGAAUCACGGAACUGUAGUUUUAACUCCGCCUUCAGAGAACGUUCAUUACUACCCCAACAAAAAAGAAGAAAGUGCAAGAACCUUCCUCAAACUAUACAACUCGAUCAACCCCGUAGUGAUCCUAAUAGACGACACACAACAAAGUUUAAAUGAUGCAGCUGACUUCGUCAAAAACUUGUACACAAUAAAUCCCAAAGUGGAAGAGUUAAACUUCAUCCUCAUCAAGUUCAACGUUUCUGGGGCUAGCCCGGUUUUAGCAACCAGCAAGAAUAAUAGGCGCAGAUUUGACGAAAUUUUGAACGAGAAGGUCUCUCCCGGCCCUUUGAGUUUUUUGGGCUACGAAAAUGCGACUACGAGUGCUGUGUUCUUCGGUAUUCUGAAUGCAGCUAACUUGCUACCUCCAAACAGCGGCCUUGUCGUUUUCGUUAAAGGGGAGAUCGAAGAUGAGGAGCUAACCCCACACGCGCGGGCACUGGUGGCAAGAAAGCGAAUUCAGGUCUUCGUAAUUUGGGGUGGCAAACACGAUGAGGUUCUUUUAAAAGAACUGGCACAGUUUUCUCGUGGGGCUUUCUUGCGAGCGCCCGGGAAAGGGUUGUCCGAACUGUAUUACGAACAUUUUUUGGAAAAUAUAGGUACACUUACAUCAUCGUCGCUGCUUUUAUCCCGGAAAAACCUCCGCGGAACUCAUAACCUAGAUUUUCUAAUCGAUUCUGAUGUAACAGGUAUCCACAUAAGUAUAACCCCAGAUAUACCCGACGCAACUUUAACAACACCAAGAGGUUACAACAUCGAUGUUUUGAACGCAGACCGAGUGUCCCAAUUUUCUGUAGGAUCAUUUAUUCGAGAAAACGAAAUACACUUGAAUACAACGGCGACGCAGGACGUCGGAGUUUGGCGUUUACGUUUAGGCAACGCGCGCACACUUUACAACAUAACAAUUUUUGCACAUACUAAACUUACAACGAAUGCUAUUGUCACGGUCCAAAAUCUAACAGGUUCUAAUAAGAAAAACCAAACACGGCCGAAAAUUGUGAAACUGGGAAUAGUCGGUGACGUAAGCUCGAUAAGCAACGUUAGCUUUAUCGGUGAAGACGGCACACCUAUCUUACGCGAUGUCAAGUUUGCACCCGACAAAAACUGGGAGAAUUAUUUGACGGAGAACAUCGACGGCACUGGAAGCAAUGUAACAAAAGAACUUAAUAUAAGCAUAAAGAACGUUCCAAAGGGUCCUUUUUACGCUGUCGUUAAUGGAAAGGACGCUCAAGGUAUAUUGUUCCGAAGAACGACAAAUUAUAUAGUUGGCUGUUUAGGUAAUGAUUUCCAACGUCUAUCCUACGUGAGAAAUGACAUCCGGAAGGAGUUUUACCUACCACCUAUAACCGUCGACGUGGGCCUCGGGUCAGAACUCAUCACGCAGGCAUUACGACAACCGCAAUUGUUUUUUGAGGUUACCAAUAACGGAGAGAGACCCACUUUAGUAAGAUUUUUUGCUAGAGAUGAAAAGUCACUUCUUGUGUCAAUGGUUCCGCUGUAUAGGUGGAUUAAUCCGGGGGAAACGGCCACCGUGCGCCUAACCUUAACUACAAGACCAGGAGCGUAUCAAGAUGUCGUUACUUUCACGGCUGCCGGGUCUGAAACGGUAAGCAAAAGGGUCAUUGUGGAUGUCGGUGUUUUUAAAGAAGAUAGACGUGAUCCCGAAUUAGACUACCACUUUACGAGUGACUGCAGCGACGUACUUUUUGGGUCUUGUGAGGAUGGUACUUGGACUGUGGAGGUCAAAGCGAAGGAUACUGGGUCAGGACUUUUACAAGUCAUUUCUAUACCUAAAGGUCUAUACUUUCCUCAUGGUUUCACAACCGGAACUACGGAGGAAGUGACCGGGUAUUUCAGCGAAUCUUGCUGUAAUCCAGAUCUGAAAUUAGUGGCUUUUGACAGACAAAAUAACAGGCGGACACGACAUUUAAACGCUUAUCGUGCUGGUUUAGGUCCGGGGGCUAUCGCGGCGAUAUGUCUUGGAGUUAUAGUACUCUUUCUAAUACUUCUUGGACUCGGGUUCUUGAUUAAACGAUGUUGUAAGAAACUGAAGAAGAAGGGCAGCUACGAUCUACCUAUCUACCGCGGACCGCGAAGAUUGUGAUUCGUAUUUUUGUAUCAAUUACAUAUUUUGCAAUAAAUAUAUAUUCUUUA